UUGAAACUCGAAAUUCCUCAUUUCAUCAAAAAGAUUCACAUUUCUGUACAGUAAGUACAAACGGUACUUCUACAUUUUUUGUCAUGACAUUCUUUGGGAUUCGCGGCUUCACAUUUUCCAUUUUCCGCUUCCGUUCAAGGCAUCGGCGAGGUUGAAUUGAACAACAACAUUUCUUUUGCAUCUAAUCAGAUCAUCCUAGAACAUCAGAAAAAAUAUACAUAUGUCGGUCAAUCAAAAUCGCACGGAAGACGCCUCAAAGAUCUUGGGGGGUGCGUCGGACGACGACGACGACAUAUCUUCAACGACAUCUAGCAAAAUAGCGGGCUUCGAGAAUGACGACAACGACAGUGAAUUCGAGCAAGCAGAGGAUAUCGAAGAAGUCGAUGACUGUGGCGGUGAUAGUGUGUCACCAAGAUUGAGAAGUGACAGCUCUUGUUCUCGUUUCGUUCUAGAAAAGACAAGAAGAUACAGUGGAUUUGGGUCAAAAGAUCCGUUGUUUCGGGCAGUUUACCUCCACGAUGGAUCAAUGACGACCAAGCAAUUUGAAACAUAUAGAUUGAGAUUUUGCAACGAUCGCAGUCACGAAAGCAACAGCACGAGCAAUCGUCGAAAUCAAUCCACAGGUAGAGAUAGCGUCUCCUGGAGUGCAUCCUUUCUCAAUAUCUUCUCCCUGAACAAUAAUUGAAACGACUUUAGUGCCACACAUACACCGACGGUCCGGCGGUCACCAGCGAUCAGCAACUGAUCUUUUCAUUUACUUUUGCGACAAAUAUCUGUUCAUUCCAAUGUAUUCUAAAAUCCUUUUCUAAAAACACCCAUAAAAGCAACCUACGUAAAACUAGCCAAAAGAUUAAAAUUGUGGAGAUCGCCAAUCCUCUACUACUUAUUCCGAUUGAAACGUCACUUACAGCGACACUAUUUCACAUCUUUAACUUUGUCAUCCGAUCACGUCUGCAACAAAAAUCAAAUUACUACAAUCCUUCUCCAUUGUGCACGAAAAAAAAUUGACAAAUAAACAAUCCCAAAAGUC